AUGCCGUCAUUUUCCAUGCCGCGGGGUUCGUGGUUACUGCUGAUCGCAGUAUGCCUCAUCCUGCUUCCCGGCAAAGCUGAAGCCUUUGGUGCUGGAAACAUUCCUUCAAUUGCUCAGGUCGAAGGUCACAACUGGCGCCAUGGAGACAUUGAGGAUAUGCUCGAGACGAUCGCCUUCCUCCACGGAAAGAAAUGGACUUCUAUGCUUAUCAAACGUACCUACUUUGGAAAUUGGCUACGCGACUAUUCUCAGGCCGUUGAUAUCGGCAGUUUGAAGGGUGUCAAUGCCGAGACUAUUCGCAUUCUUGUUUGGGUUCUCUCUUUCAUGGCUCACGGCUAUGCCACAGGCGAAUUCGAAGUGACCGCGGACCGCCUCGGCGUCUAUCGUCCAGAAGAACACAUCGAUAAUCCUCUCGGUUACGGAGAUGGAGUUGAUGCGCGGACAUUUGAUAAACGUUUACGAGGGCCCGUUGAGAAAAUAGAAACCGAAAUUGACUCUCGAACUGGCAUGAAAAACUAUAUCGCGAACGAGAAAGGAAAUUGGGCAACCAGCGCCGCUUAUCUGCGAUACAGCUUCGCCAGAAGCAUCCACUAUGGUCGUCUUUACACCAGCGGUUCCAAGAAAGGAAACGAAGAUGACCUCUGCGAGGCUUUGAGAUGUCUUGGUCAGGCGCUGCACACGAUGGAAGACUUCAGUGCUCACAGCAACUACUGUGAGCUUGCCCUUCGAGAGCUUGGCUACCAUUCUGUGUUCCCCCAUUGCGGUGCGCAUACCGAGAUCAAUCUCCAUGGAAAGCGCGUAUAUCCCCUUGUGACAGGCACAUUUGGCGCUGUCGACUUCUUGCAUUCCGUCAUUGGAGAGGCCUCGGAUCACUUCACGCAGUCUGAGGUCGAUGAAGUCGAUGUUGCACUCAAGAACGCCGAGGGCGCUUCCAAUCGAUCCGGUGGUGGCGGUGGUGGUGAACGAUCCUUGCUUGGAGGUUUCCUUGGAAUCAAGUCCAGUCCCUCUGAUUUCAUCGGCUUGGUUUCGAAGCUUCCCGGUGUCGGUGACGGAUUCGCCGCGCAGGCUCGAGACCUGAAGGCCAGCUCUGAAGCCCAAGAGCAGCGCAACAUGAGCUACCAGCAGACCCGCGGUGACCUCUCUCGUGACAAUGCUAACCAAGUUCCCGGUAUGAGUCCCGACUUCGAUCCCGUCGAGACAGCCCGCAAGAUCUAUCCUAUCCUCGAGUUCCGCGACAAAAUUGUCAAGGCUAUCAGUCGUGGUAUCUCCAAGGUCCCUGGCCUUGAGAAACUUCUUGAGAAGAUCAGCGAGACCCUCACUGCCUUCAUCCUGGGCCUUCUUGCUCCCUUCAUCCGACCUAUCAUCAACCAGGUCUCAAAGGUUCUCAAGGACGGUUCUUCCGGCGUCAUCACGGCCAGUGCUAAAUCUCAAUAUGAGCCUUGGGACAAUCCCCAGUGCUCUGAUCCCACCCACUCCAUGUUGUCCAAGGACCAUUUCACCAACAUCUUGAACUCAUGUGCUGGACGUAUCGCCGCCACCAUUCUCCAGUACACCGUUCCUCGCGUCCUCUAUGCUUGGGAGAACACUGGCGUUUCUGUUGACGAAGUCGUUAACGACGUCCUCCGUGCUUUCCACCACCCUGCUGCUCGGGACGAUCAUAUCGAGAUCCAACGUGACAUGUUCAAGACUGUCAAGAAGUGGGCUGAUGAGCACCCCCGCCGCCACGAGCUUGCUCAUCUUCUCUCCUCCGACUCUGUCAAAAAUCAUAAGAACCACAUUCUUAACCAAGUCCAGGGCAACAGCCGCAGCAUCGGUGGUGGCGGCUGCAACCAUGGGACAUUUGGCGAUAUGGCUAAUGCUGGGCAUGGCAAGGUUGCAGGAUCCUUGUGGUCUCAAGUCAAGACCCGCGAUCUUGACUCGAUGGAGGGUAAAGAUGGUAAUCCAGCUGCAGGCUACCUCUCGAGCUCUCCUGCACCACCAAGUCAGUCCUCGUUUGAAUACGGUCAGAACCCCAACUACGCGGCUUCCAACUCGGCGCACUCUCAGCAAGGUGGAUAUGGUGCUCCUCCACCACCCCAACCUUCAUAUGGCGGUGGCUAUGGGGGACCUCCUCAACCUCAGUACGGAGCUCCCCCCGGUCAAUACGGCGGUCCUCCUCCAGGCCAAUACGGCGGUCCUCCCCCCGGUCAAUAUGGUGCUCCCCCUCCUCAACAGUACGGCGGCCCUGGAUACGGUGCCCCUCAGUAUCCUCCGUACGGUCAGCAGGGCUAUGGCGGCCCACCUCCUGGUCAGCAGCCUCCUGGAUGGGGUCAGUACCCUGGUUCACGACACGGUUACUAG